GCAUAGGCACUGAGUUCUCACUCAUUCAGAGACCAUUCAGUGUCUGACUAUUUCACGUACAAAGUGUUCAUCUGAUUCACGGACUGUUAGUUUCCAGCGAUAAGUGAUGGCAAUGAGACUCAAGUCGGACAACAAAUCACUGCUGAAAUACUCUAUGAAUAAUAGACUUAAAUGUAUCGAGAGAGUAAGACCAGCAAUGGGUGAUGAGCUGAAGAGCCGGUUCGCUGUCAAGAGUAGUCAUUAUAGCAACACAAUUAAUGCCAUCCAUUUCAUGUCGAGUCUAACCGCAGAGGAAUAUAGCGAUCAAAUGGAUUAUUUAACGCAUGAUAGUUUCAAACCAAAAGACUUGCGAUCAGCUCUCGAGCGAAUGAAUGUAAAUCAGGGAACCAAUAGUAACGGUGCGGCUAAUCCUGAAGAACCAAUGAUGAUAUCUCCGGCGGCCACUCCCCCCUCUUCGCAAUCGACCGCUAAUUCAUACCCCAAUUGGUAUUCAAUAACGACGGGAAGGUAUGCCGAGAACCACGGAUUCAUUCAGAACUAUAUGUACGAUAACGUGACCCACGAGUUGUUCCUCAUGACCCCCUUCCCCAACACCUCUCACCCCCAUUGGUGGACACAAAGCGAACCCCUUUGGAUCACUGCCGAGAAACACGACAUUAAGACAGCGAUGGAUGUGUUGACUCUCAUUAAAGAUAGUUUCAAAUCAAAAGACUUGCGAUCAGCUCUGGAGCGAAUGAAUGUAAAUCAGGGAACCAGUAGUAACGGUGCGGCUACUCCUGAAGAACCAAUGAUGAUAUCUCCGGCGGCCACUCCCCCCUCUUCGCCAUCGACCGCUGUAUUGUCUGCAGCUUUCAAUCUCAAGAAGUAACCGAUUGUAUCCAUUGAAUCGCAACCUAUUUUAUGUCAACUUUUAACUCAUUUUU